CAAUUUGUCGAAUAUGAGUUGAAAAAAACCGAGAAGUAGCCAAUAAGCAAAUCUAAUGCACAAAAAUAAAAAGUAUUUUGCAAAAGACUCAUUAGGAAAGCCCUUUUAGUAUAAAUUAAGUAAAUUUUUCAAGAAAAUUACUAAAGGACUAAAAAGGUUGAAAUACAAACGUUGGAACUGUGGAAGCAAGCGAGUGGAAAUUGAAGUGGCAGUGAAAGGGCGAAAAGUGAGAUUGCAAUAGACGUAGUGCUGAUUGUACACCAAGACAUGAGCCGACGUGUUUCGUCAGAAUGGGAUCAAAUACCUACUCUCGUAUUGGGCAACAUAUAUGAAUAUCUAGAGCCACGGGAUCGAUUAAAUGCUUCGCAAACUUGUCGCCACUGGCGUGGGGUGCUUUUCCAGAAAAGAUUUUUCAACAAUUUCAAGUUCAAAUUACACAUCAACAAUGAGCGUCAAUGUGCGUUUUUUCGUCAAAAGCUUUGUAAUUUGGCAAGUGAAGUUACGCUAAUUUUUGAUUUUCUGAACGUUUUCCAUAUGGAGAAAAUAAGACGUAUUUUGUAUAGGAUUGCACGCUGUGAAAAUUUGCAAGGGUUACAUUUUUACACUAACAAUGUCGGCUUAAUCCCACCUGGCGAUAUAAACGAAGAGAGUCUUGUCGAUGUUAAACAGUGCUUUGUGGAACCGCUGAAAAUGUUUUUAAAUCGCAAGCAGUUCCCAUGCCAAAUGUUGGAUUUAGGUGCAAUAGAAGCUUUAACCUACUACGGUUCAGAUUUAUUAAAAGCUUUAAGCAAACCAGAAGCAUUGCUGCAGCUAACAUUGGCUUCGAUUAAAUUCGACCCUAGUCAUUAUCCCAUAUUUACCAUAAAAACAUCUUUGCUACAAAAGUGUGCAUCAUUACAGGUUUUAUCACUCGAUUACGAUACAUUAAAUGAAGAGCUUUUGCAUGCCAUGGAGCUACUGCCUUUGAAAAAGCUAUUAAUCUGUAUACAUGGUUUGGAUCGUCAACAUCCUGGUAUUUCUGAUACGUCUUGGGCUAGAUUUGGAGCCACCUUCUCCAAUAUUGAUUUGAUAGUAACAUUAGCAUAUGCUUUCGAAGCAGUGGAAGUGCUGCAAGUGCGAAUUCUGCGCCAUAACAUGCCAAUAACACAUUUGCGUGUUUUAUUUUGUGACUUUAUGAACGUUGAGGCCUUAGAGUGGAUGUCUGUCAACAAUAACAGUAAACUGAAAAGUAUUCAGUGGAUAGAUUCUGCAUACAAGCAUUCCGAUAAAAAUGUGAUGGAUUUAUUUUUACGCUCUGGUCAAGACCCCUUCGUAAUGAUGGCCUGGCGUUGUAAAAAUUUAGAGGAAAUCGUAAUACAUGGUUAUGUGCUAGAUCUACACAAUAUUGUUGGAAUUUCACGUCUUCGAGGCCAUACGCUUAAACGCUUAGAGGUAUCUAUGAUAGAUAGCACGCCCACAGAAUCAAGCAUGGAUUCAUUUAUUGAAGAAAUCAAUACAUUGCUUGGUCAAAAAUGGAAACCUCUCAACCCAAAUACUUUACAUCCUGCACUCGGUUAUAUACCAGUACCGGAUGACGUUCGUGAUGAAUAUGUCUUCGAUCUCAUGCGUCGUGAUAUGGGCUACUAAAAUUGAAUAGAUACACUGACUCAUACCCCAAUUUUUAUGCAAAUUUAGUUUUGUUUCAGGUUUACUAAAGAUACAUAUGUAACGAUUCAUAAAUGUAUAUGAACAAUAUAUAUGUAUAUGAACACAUAUUGUAUACAGCAAACAUUGUGUAGGUGAACAAAAAUGACGUUCAUAACAAAAAAUACCUUAGCAAUAUUCUAGCUUCACAACCAAAGUAUAAGGAAAAGUUGGAUGAUAAAGGCAUUGCAGUGAUAUUUUAUUUCUAUAUCUUUAAAAUCACAUCAAUCCAAGCUAAAAGCUAAAAGCAAAAAAAGUUACGUAAAUUUAAACAACCAUCUUUUGAAUGUUACAAAAACAUCAUACAUGCGGGUAAGAGUUACAAAAGAACACAAAGCGAAAAAGCAUCAAAACUCAAUUACCUAUAUAUUCAUAAACGCAUAUAUAUUUAGGCGACCAUAGUUUAAGAAGAAACAAUAACAACAACUCUUGUGAUAAAGGGGUAAAAUAAAUAUGUACAUAUAUGACGUAGAUUGGUUCCAGAGCAACGUAAAACACAAAGAUCCUUAUGAAAUCAAGAAUUGCUCCUAAAGAAAACAAUUCGAAAUACAAUUGAAUUAAGACGGAGACCAUGAGCAGUUGUUACCACAUUUUGUUUUCACAUAAAUUACAAUUACGGUGAAGAAUGUCAUAAGCGAAAGGAACGAAACUUGUGGAAAACUAAAAAGAAGCCAACAGUCUAGAAAUUGCGCUCCCGUAUUAUUCAAAGCAUUAUAUUUUUUUAUUUAUUGCAUGUACCGGAAUACUGUAACAACAAGAACAAUGUCGAUUUCAGGCAAUCAACAGAUGUAAUUUUUGCAUUAUUUUUUAUAUAGCUGCAUAUAUAAACUAAUACCUAAAUGUGUUAUAUAUGAGUCAAGAACGUAUAUAUAUUCCAUAUUACUUUAUUUCUUUGCUUUAUAAAAAAUACCUGCAUAUAAAGAAAACGAUUUUACUUGAUUUAUAGUGUUUACGGUUGGCUCACAUAAAAACAAAUAUUUUUAUCAGAAAAAAUUAAAAUGGACUCCGGAUUAAUUUACGGUCAUGGACCAAAAGCUUGUAUAAUUUCAUUUACAAAAUACAGAGCAAAUAUCUAUAAUUCCACACUAAAAUAAUUUAAGCAAAUGCUUAGACGAGUAACUGUUAUGUUAAAAUUUAAGUUAAUUAAUUAUUCCAAUACUACAACAAAAAUAAAUAUUACGAAGGUAUAACACCAAGAUGAGGUUGAAUGUAAAUAUUAGAAACUUCAUCGAAUAUUAAAAAGGAAACAUAAGAAACAGAAAAGUAGCAAAGGUGCUUGCAGCCAUUUAAUACCUUUUAUAGGCGUAGUUUCGAACUUAAAAUCUAUAAUGUGUAUAUUUUUGUGAAUGUUUUCAAUGCAGAAUUUAAUUCAGCUCUUAAUAUUAUCAAACAUCAUAUUUUAAAUAGUUCAUAAUAUUUCGUUACCUGCACUUUUUUAGUCCACAAAACACAUACAGCGUACGUCAUUUUUUAAAACAUUGUGCGCAAAAAAUCAGCAAAAUAGAGCAUUUUUUCGACAAAAAAAAACCUAAACGCAUUCAAAAUGAAUUUUAUACAUCAAUGAAAUUGUUUAAAAAAACGCUUAUUUAUAUGUUUGUAUAUUGGUUAAAAGUAAAUGGGUGUUUUUUUAAGAACGCUAUAUAUGUAACUGUGCAGAAACAUUAUAUUUGUAAAAGAGAUCUAAAAGACUUAAACACCCCUGGGAAUGCGAGGAAGAAUAAGCAAGUUAAAUAAAAUGGCGUAACACACAAAAAAGUGGAAUCUCUAAAACCCUAAGCAAAUAUUGAAAGAACAACAUUAAUAUUUUGUUUAAUGUGAACCAAAGCUGUGAUUUAAUGCAAGCCAGCAUACGUUAAGAAUGCAACAACAACAAAAACGACUAUAACAACAACAACAACAACAUCCACUGUAAGAUGAAGAACAAAUAUGAAAAUGUUUAGAUUAGUUAAGUAAAACCUGUUGACAGCGAUAAAAAGAAAAGGCGGUUCGGUAUGUUCAUGCUAGCAGAGAGCACUUAUGUAGUUUAAAAAUGGUUCGUUCAAAAUAAUACGUUUCAAAGAAACUAUAUAUGUACUGCGGGGAAAAAGUUAAAAUUUAAAUAUGCAAACUCCCUUGAACUAGAGAAAAAAAUAUUUGUUUUCCAAACACAGAAGAAAAAAAACCCCCAAACAGACAAUAGGAUUAUUUUUAAGUUUUAGUCACUGUUGGAAGAAAUUAUACUCUUAAAAAAAUUCUUAAACUACUCUACUAAAAACUCAAUUUGAAAAUACCAACUUAAUUUUCAAAAAGGCAACUCAUUUCAUUGAGAAAGAAAACGAUAUUUCUAAUGCAAAAAUGUUUUAUUUCUGAUUGCGUUGCUAAAGCACAUUAAAGAAGCGUGCUGCCAAUGUCUGGAGUAUUUAUUCUAUUUGGAUCAAUUUUUUAGGCUUUUUUAAAUUCAUUUUACAUUCCAAUUUUGAUAAUACUCCAGAAAAAAAAAUCGUCCUUUUAUAAUCAGCUUUAACUAAUUUCAACAUUUUAUUUGCAUAAUUUAAAAGAUUAAAUUAUUUAGCAGUGUUUAAAAUCUGUUGAAUUAGUUAAACGUUUAAAAAAAAUCAGUUUGCCCAGUAUAAAAUCAAUUAUGGAAGCAGGAGUUUCGAAGGAUGGCAGCUAUGGAAAAAAAUUCAACGCUAGUAAAGUAAAUGAGAGUUUGAGACAAAAUAUGUGUAACUCAAUUGUUUUUAGUCGAAAUACACUUAUGUAAAGAUUUUUAAAAUAUACUUGGUGAAAAUUGUGAACAAAGUUAACAAAUUGCAAAGUUAACUCUUUAUGUAUAAUUUCUGUGCUCUCUGCUAAAUCGUGCAACUAAUAAGUUAGUUAGUUACCUUUAAAUGUUAAGCUCAAAUGUCAACAAUGCUCAAAGAUGCUGGUAAAGCGUGCAUAUAUGUAUGUAUGUGUAUAUUGUUGCAAUCGUAUACUAGAUUUAACAACAUAAUCAAAUUUCCAUACGUGGUACAAACUUAGAAAAAUUCCAACUAGUACCAAAAUGCACGAAUUGUAAAUCAAAAACAAAAAAGAGUAUGCAUUACAAACAAACAAAAAAACAACAAAAACGAAUUGUGAUGAAAAGUAUAACUAUGAAUAUAUCAAACUCGUAAUUUAGAGAGGAGAGAAUUGAAAGACAAAAACAACAAACCAACAAAUUUAUUAACAUCUGUAUGUGAAUAAUAAUACGUAAUAAGAACAAAGCAGUCAGGGCAAAUGAAGAAAAAACAACAAAUGUAUGUAUAGUACGUAUAACAUGAAUUGUACUAAGCAUGUAUUGUAUGUACGUAUGUAUGUAUUUUGCAAUUUAAUUGAUAUGUGAUAUGCGUCCGCGAAUACAACAAAAAAAGUAAGCGGCAAGCAACCUACUACAAACAAGCAAACGCACCAUCUAAACAAAGAUGGUUAAAGUGAUAUUAACAAAUUAAUUUAAUAAACAACAACAACAAUGUAGUUAUAACUAUUUAAAUUGGCAACUGAGUUACUUAGUUUGCAAGCAGAAACACCAACAACAACAAAAAAGUUUGCCAAAUUGAUAAGCGAAUAUCAAUGUGCUAUACGAAAUAAUUGAAAAAUCAAUGUGAUGUUAAUGAAUAAAACUUGAAUGCUAACAGUUCUACACACCACAACAUCAACAAAUAGCAAAAGUAUGAUUUAUAGUGUACCAUAAAAACUGAACAAUCAAACUUAUUUGAAGUCUGCAUUCUAAUAAAAGUAAAGUAUGAUUUCCGUUAUUUGCCAUACAAAACUGAUAAUCGAUUUAUACUUAAAUAUACAUUUUUAAAAGCAUCCAAAACUCAUGUCAAUCAAAAGUGCAUCGAAAAUGUAUAUAUAGUUCGAAAUUAUGUGCCAUACUAAAUUGUUUCAAAAUAACUCGUUGUGCAUGCAAAAAUAUAAAGAGGAUGUAAAGAUAUUAGAAAUAGUUAAUAUGGUCGUAUGACAAUUCUUAAGCCUUGCAAAAAUAACUACUAUACUAAUUUGAAUAGCCGGUGUUAUACUAAUCCAAAUAAGUAACAAUCCCAACCUCGGCCCGUGUCCUUAACACGGAAAGUGGAAUAUUUCCUCACACAAAAGCUAAACUGAUUACACCGUGUGACAGUAAACGUUAUCCAGGGAUGUUUUCAUAUGCAAUUCAAACUACAGACAUACUUUAUAUAGUAAUGGUGCAUACUUAAAUUUUCAUUUGCUCGUAAAUUUAAAAGCACAUUUGAAAGGACUUUGAAAUUUCAUAGGAUUAAGUUUUCGAAAAAUGGUUUUAAAUAUUUGUAGAUACAUAGGUCUUCUACGAGGUUCGCACCUCGACCCCAUGGUAUUUUGUGCUUUCUACUCAUCACAAUACCACAAUAAACUCAGGAUAUAGCAUACAUAUGUGCUGGAUUGAGUGUGUGUGCCUUUCUUCUGGCUGCAGUUGGCCGAGAUGUCUCAACCUUCUCCGCUCCAUAAAUAUUUAUACUCACUCUAUUAAUAUGGAUUUCACUCGAAAGAGGAUACAUCCAAGGCAAAUAUAGUACAAUAAUGUCCUUUAAUAAAUGUAAUCUUAAAUAUCCUUGAAAUUUUCUAAUGAAUUAUUUUGGAAAAAAUUUAUGUUAUGGGCGUUUUAUGUAGUAAUACAUACCUCACCUUUGUUCCUCUUGCUGUUUUAUGAAAACGUUAAAAAUAGUUCGAUUUCGUCCUAUGAAAUAAAGUAUGCGCAAGUUCACGUUUCGUUCACGUUUCGCCUUUACAACAUUAAUGCUUAAAAAAUUAAUUGAUAAGAAAAUGAGAAGCUGCAUAUGCAGCAUUACUUAUAAAUUGGGUAUUGUCACGAUAACUAAACAAGUUGAAUUUUUUUGGUUCCAACCUGCUUCUUUUGUAUAAAAAUAGUCUUCCGUGUUUUUUUACAGUUUCUUGUGUUCUUCAGCUAAUCCUAGAAUUUGGCCUUGGUGUCAGAACAAACUUCUCGAGUUACCUUUCUUUGCGGUGUCUUUAAAUGUAGAAAUGUACAUAUUACAUUAGAUGUAUACCUGUGAAGUACAUUUGAUACUUUCUGCAAUACCUGUAUCUAACAGCUUCAAAUGUGCAAUUCAAUUCUGGAGUUUAUUUAACGCUGUAUUCUGAGGUGCAUAUUACGUUUUCAGAAGUAAAACUGACUCAUGAAGAGAACUGUAUGAUUUGCAAAGUAGAAGUACAUCGAAUGAUUUCCGCAAUAUUAUAGAAAGUAGAACAUUUAAAGACGAGAGUGGGGCGGAAUAUUUUGUCUUAAACGCUCCCCUCAUUCAUAUCGCUUUGUUUUGGAGAACUUAUACAUAAUGAGAUUAAACGCAAUACGAUCAUAAAUUUGUUUUACUCAAAUAUGCUUUGCACAGUACCAAGAAAAGUCGUAACAGAUGCAUACAAGAUGUGCAUACCAUCACUCACACCGUUAUAUUACAAAAAUUACAAUACUAAAACUACAUAUGAGCAAAAAUAUUUCCUUUUCAUAAGAAUGCAGAUUUCGAAUAUUUUUGAUUUAAAUAGUUUAAGCGAGCUGCACAAAUAUUUUGUGAAACUUUUAUAUGUAUGUAUGUAUCCGAAAUUUUUUAUCGUUUUGAUUUGUAAGUUAAGAUGUAAAAUUAUUUUUUUGUAUUAUAAAAAAAAAACUGUUCAAAAAGGAAUAUGUGUUAACACGAUGUCUUUCAUCAGAAAAUAACCGAAUUUUUAAUUCUGCAAUAUUAAUGAAAUGUGACAAAAUAAAAGUUGUCCUAGUACUUUUUAUUACAAAUUCAACGCUAUUUUACUCAUAUUGUGAAUUUUUAAGUAAUUUUAUAUUUAACAAAAAAAAAUUUUUUGUUUAAAUUGAGAAUUUUAAUUGGUAAGCAUUUCUAAAACUCAAAAAAAAUAAUAAAUUUAAAAAUUUUCGAAAUUGAAAAGGCGUAAGAAAUUUUAAGUUGUUUUCAUUUCGUUUAAAUUGAAAAACUCUACAAUAUGUACUUACAUAUACACAUACGGAAUCAGAAGGCCAUUUAUUCUUGACUACGAAUGAUAAAGAAACAUUUGGCAAAUGCUUGUUUAUAUUUUGGCGGUGUUUUGAUUUCCUGUCUGUCUUUUGCUCCUUUUUAGGUUUUGUUUCGUUUGCCUGAAUAAGUAACGUCACUGCCAAAAAAAUAACAAUUUCUUACACACAGGAUUGCCAUGUCUUCAAGUAUGGUAGGAGUGAUGCCAGACCGUAUACAAUGUACUUUUUAAUAUCUGGUUUCAUUUGUAGUGUAAAUUUACUGUGAGUAAGCAACAAAACUGUGUCGACGAAAUAUAUUUUCUUUUAAAAAUUUUAGCAGGUUAUUCAGGGCUCAAAUGAUAUUCUCCCCAAAAAAACGAAUUAGAGAAUCACCGCUCUUCCGUUUUCUGCUAUCUUCCAGUUUAAAUUUUUUGUGCAGGCCAACUAUAGUUACAAACUUGUUCUUCCAGCCAUUUUCUACUAUCUGAUAUUAUCCGGGUAGCCGGCACUCAAACUUUUGGUUUUAGAAAGAAAAUUGUUUAACAAACUUACAAAUAGAUUUAAAUAUCUAAAGAAGUGUAUAUAUGGCCUCACCCUUACCGCACAUAUAUGGAGUCAAGAUAUGAGGUUUCAUUCGAGAACUUUUGUUAGUACCCUUGCGCUCUUGGUUAAAAUGUUCGGUCGUCCAUCCGUACAAGAAAUAACUCGAGUAAAACAGGAAAACAUCGAACACCUCUCCGAUAUUUUGAUUUAUGUUCGUUCAUCCGUCUAUACAACGUAUAAUAUAUAUGCAUAUAUAGGGUGGGCCAUGUAAAAUUUGCUUUUUGAAUCGACUAUAUAGAAAAAACUAAUCAAUAUUUUUUCAAACUUUUCGAUUGUUUGGGCUCCAAUUUCAUGAAUGGCAACUUCGAUUUCGUGUUUUAAAGCAUCAAUCGUCUCUGGAUGGUUCGCAUAGCAUUUGUCCUUAACGGCUCCCCACAAAAUAUAGUCCAACGGGCUUAAAUCACAGGUCCGAGGCGGCCAAUUGAUAUCGGAAUUUCGGCUGAUUAUUCGGUUUUCAAUAACGGUAGCCAAAAGUUCGAGUGUAACUUUGGCAGUGUGACAAGUUGCACCGUCCUGUUGAAACCAAAUGUCGUCCAUGUCAUCCUCUUCAAUUUUUGGAAACAACUCGUUGAGCAUAUCACGGUAACGCUCGCCAUUUACUGUAACCGCGGCUCCUCGCUCAUUUUCGAAAAAGAAUGACCCGAUGAUGCCGCCAGACCAAAAACCGCACCAAACAGUGACUCGUUGUGGAUGCAUUUGCUUCUCUACAGUAACGUGUGGAUUUUCUGAAAAUCAGAAAAGAAUAAAAAGACUCAGCACUUUGGAAAUAGGUUUUCAAUAUUUCCCAAUUUUGUUCAAGCGUAUAGCGUCCCAUUUCGUAAAUGUCAAACCUUUACGUAAAUUAUGAACACAUUUGACAUGUCAUUUGUGUUACCAUGCUCAAAAAAAUUGGUGGUUCAAAAAGCAAACGCUAUAGGGCCCCCCCUGCAUAUAAUUGACCUCCUAUUUGUGGCGUGCAUCAGAUGGGUUUUUAUGAGGAGCUUUUUCAUGGCAGAAAUACACUUACCUACCGAGGCGCGACCGCUCAUUACAAAAUUUGUUUCUGUCAUUUGAUGUUAUAUGCCCGGAGAUUCGAACCUGGACACUCCCAAAUAUUAGUCACGCCCCAAUCACCUGGGCUACGGCGGCCGCACUUUAUAGUACGGCCUAAAAUUGAGAUGUUUCGAUAAAACUAAGUACAGAAGAAUAGGGCAGAUGGACAAAAUUCAUUGAUAACUACGCCCAACAAAAAACGUUGUUUUUAUAAUUAAAUAGAAAGUCAAGUGUUAUAAAAGUGUGGAGUAUUAGUGUGCCACCGUUCACUUUCUAUGUUUAGAUAUUCAUUUAUGUAACUCAAAACCUACUGGCAUAAAUGAAUCAAAUUUGGUCUACCAAUUGCAAGAGAGAUUUCGAUUUCCCCCCGCCCGUCGUGCGUCUACGCGAACAUUAACCCCAACAAAAAUGGGAUAUAUUAGCAAAACUUUGUAUGUAUGUUAAUCUCGCUGUAAAGCAGGCUGUAGCAUCUUCGGAAACCGCAGAUUCCCUAUGAUUUUUAUAUUGACGGAAUCGCACUUAGAUUAUUUAAUUAGAUAGUUAAGAUUUUUACUGGAAUUAUUUGAUUAAUAAAUUUAACUCACCCACUUCUAUGCACUGCCUUGUUCUCGUAUAUUAUUUUUUAUUGCAAAUUUAAACAAGGAAUACUCUAAAAUUCAUUAUAAUAUUAAAGUUAACCAGCACAAACAAAAAAAUAAGUAUGAGUCAAGAUCAAACUUAGUUCAUAAAGUUCGGUUUGGUUAGGUUGACUUGGCUGUUGAUCAAUCCAUAGCUCUGAACUGGUCCCUCUGGUGUUGCUAUGUGAUUGCAGAAUUGCAUAGACUCUCAUGCUGUUUUCCUUGAGCUUUAGUAAAUUGCUAAUCCUCUGGCUGCAAUAUCCUUCAAUGAUGGGAAGAAUGCAAAUUUAAGACAAAGGCAAUUCACCUCUUUCACAGAACUAGGCAUUGAUACAGCAAGCGCUCUUGGGUUCCCUUGGCAUUAAAUUCGGUCUAUGCUAUACAUAUUUCAUCAGGUCAGACACAGUUUUAUCGUGUAAAAUUAUAAAAGACAGUAUUCUUAACUGUUAGUCUAAAAUCAACAAUUUAACUUUGAUUAUUGGGGGUUCUAAUUGGUCGUUCUAAUUGGUGGUAUGUCUGCAGCAGGAUUUUGGCGCUACUAAUAUGCCCACGCAUUCGAUAUCGUAGCUAUGCCGAACUUAAUUCUAAGAACUUAAUAAGAAGAACAUCAUAAAUAAAUAAAAUUAUUCUACCCGAUUUCUCGUGUCAGCUGGAAAUAUUUUUUCAUGUUUCUUUGAAACACAAACUUGCAAAGUCAAUAUUUCAAUAAGGGGGAAAUAUACAGGCUUAAUAAGCACCUAAAAAUAAUCACCUUUUCAAUAGAAAUUACUGCAACAAUCAGGCGCGUUGUCAAUCCAACUUACUUUCCAAACCUAAAACUGUAUAGUUUGUUUACUUGAGCUAUUGUGAAGUAUGACUAACCAACACGCGUACCUUUUUCCUACGCACAGAAUAAUAGGAAGGAAUAUUAUUUUUCGAGAAUUUUUUUUAUAACAGCCGGCGUUGGACAAGCUCUAAAGUAAUUUUUAAAGAACGCGCUUCAUAAGGUCUUUGUAGUGAUUUGUUACGUCAGUUGCUUUAGUGGUCAAAGACCACUGAUACUAUCAGUAUCAGUUUCUUAUAUAUACAAGGUGUUCCAAUAUCAGCUCGCAAAUUGCACUUUUUAAUGGAAGAUAUCGUUAAAACACAAAUUAUAUUAUGUUUAUAAGUAGAAAGCUACAUACUUUAAAAAACCGAGUAGUCAUUAAUAGUGGCAACAAAGGUCGAUUAGACAUGCACAGAAAAAUGUUUGCGUUGUGGUACUUGUCUUUUGCCAUCGAUGAAAUAAG